UGAUCGUCUCCGAUCACAUGGGAAUAAUUUCCUUGUAACGACCUGUCAGAAACCACGGAACUGUUUGGUAAACUCAAAAUGGAGAGGAGUGUAGAUGCGUUUAUUAUAUAACUAUAAUAACUUUUUUUUUAAUCUUUUAAAACCAAAGCCAUUGGCUUAGCCAGACAUCCCCUGAACGGCUGGAAUGACAUAUUAUUAGGCAAAGCCAGUAUUGGAUUUUCUCCAUAGCCAGCAGCAGUGGGAACAAUGGUGAAGUAUUUCUUCAGUCAGUCUGAUAUCAGAAGCUCAUGGGAACAUGUCUUCUCUGCAUUCUGGCAGAGAUAUCCAAACCCUUUCAGCAAACACGUGCUCACAGAGGAUGUUGUCUUCCGCAAGGUGAUGCCAGAUGACACGCUCUUUUCAAGACGACUCCUGACAAAGACCAAUCACUUGCCUCGCUGGGCAGAGAAGAUAUUUCCAUCUAAUUUGGCACGGUCUGUGUUUGUUAUCGAAGACUCUAUUGUGGAUCCAAAGAAUAAAACUCUGACCACAUUUUCAUGGAAUAUUAACCACACAAAACUCAUGGUUGUGGAAGAAAGAUGUGUUUACAGUGUGAGCCAAGAAAAACAAGCCUGGUCCCAGGCCAAACGAGAAGCUUGGAUUUCCUCAGGGGUGUUUGGUUUUUCCAGGGCAAUUCAGGAGUUUGGACUGGCCAGGUUUAAAAGCAAUCAGGUGAAAGCCAUGAGAGGACUGGACUAUGCUCUGUCCACCUUGCACGGUGGUGGACCUUCCAGACCUCUGAAAGCCAGUGCUAAGGAUGCGGCUGAAAAAGCUAAAGAAACUGCACUCGCCACCUCUGCAAAAAACCUGGCCUCUGCAGCGUCGCCACAGAAACCAAACCAGUUUGUGUAAAUAAAUAAAUAAAUAAAUAAAUAAAUUAUUAUUAUAAUAAUACAUUUCAGAAAGUCACUGCUGCAGCUGCAGUGUACUGUGCUAUGAUCAAACAGGCCCUUCCUCUCUUUGGAGACUGGAGACUGUGCAAAAGGCUUGCAAAACUGAAGCUUUUAACUCUCAGGUACAAUAUAAAACAUUUUAGCCAUAGAUGGAACAAGGUUUUUGAUUUAGAGGACUUUGAUUUAAAGUAACUGCAUUCCUUUUAUUUUAAUAGUUGAAAAUGAAGGUUUAUUAAAAUGUUUGUCCAGAAGUAAUUGCAAGGAUAACAAUGCAGUUAACAAUACAAAUGAUUAUACAAAUGAAUAGUCGCUGCCUGGCAGCAUAAGCUAUUCAGAAAAAGAUGGUGCUUUUUGUUGAGGGGUUGACUGCUAUGAUCAAGCAGCCUCACGAUUCAAUCCUGAAAAUGAAGUAUUGCUUAGAAGGACUAUGUACGAGUAAAGGUCCACAGUGUAGUACAGUCCUUUUAUAGUUGCAUCUGGUUUCCCGAUUCAAUUUUACUGAUGUGCUUCUUUUUAUGUGACUUGUGUAGCACAGAAUAGUAGAGUUAGAAUUGCAGUUAACUUAUUUUCUUUUAACUAUAAAAACUUUAUAUUGCAAGGUGCUAUGCAACUAAAUUUACUGCACUGAACACAAAAAGCCGAAACUUGGAAAGAGAAGUCUUAUUUUGCAGAAAACUACUGUGCAUUAUACUGUACCUCCAUGUCUUAAGACUAUUUUAAGAUAUUUUUAUACAGUAUUUUUCUAUUAAAUUUAUUUUGUGC